GCCAGGCAUGGUGAUGAGCAUCUACACGCUCCUGAGGAACCACCCAGAGCCGUCCACAGAACAGAUCAUGGAAAGCUUGGGCGGUAAGCGGCCCGUCGACGUCUUAAGAUGUGGGGUGAUGAGGGCAGCAGGCAGCAGGGAGGUUAGAGCAUUUGCACAGAAGCAGAAGCACUUGAAACAGGCUUUGUCAAUGGAUCCUUAUAAUCUACGCCUCUUAAUCAGUGUUGAAAAAGGCUCUUCGUCCACACUGAGCAGGAGGGCAGACUGAGGCAACCAGGAGAGAGGCAAGCGCAUUCUCCGUGUUACUGUUACAUCCUUGGCAAUAUAUCAUCUUGUGACUUUAGUGCACUAUGUCACAGCAUGCCGUGUGCCAGCUGAAAUAGCCACUGGGUGGGCAUCACUGAUGGAAUCUCAAUGCUAUUGAGUGCUGUUGGAAAUACAAAGGCUUUGAGAUGUUUUAAUUGUGCAGUUGGAGCUAGCCUAAACGAGCAGCAGCCUUGUGGUUUGUUUCUGUUUCUUGCUGAGGCUGCCUGGCUGUCACACUUGUUAUUUGAAUAUAGCCGAUGCUCAUGAAAUCAUGGACUCUUAGGAACUGAGGAGAAAAAUGCAUCGAUUCAUAAACACACAUGUCAUUGAAGUGUCUUGAGAUUUCAAAGUGUAAUUCUCCUUCUUUGUCCUUUGGGAAAAUUUUAUUCUUCUGAAGUCUUAUAUGUAUAUCUCGUCCUGUCAAGACACCUUUUAGCUUCUCUAUUUUUACAAAUCUGGUGCACAUUGUCUUCUGUCAAUAUGCAAGUCAUGGACUAAACUAUUGAACAGGAUAAGCCAAGCGGAGCUCUGUGGGAAAAUUAAUCAACAUCAUUAACACUGAACUGUUGUGUAAUUGUGCCUUGUGCAUUCACAUUUUCUGUUCUUGCUACAGAGGAGCCCAAGCUUGUCAGAUGUCCUGUGGAAACUGCAGGCGCUGUGUCUGUAAACAGGGCCACCCUGGAGUUCUUAUCCUCAAAGGGAAGGUUAGCUUUCUCAAGUCCCUAGUCUCCUCUUAGAGGCCGCUGUUCCCAGGCUUUGCCAUCACACAUAACCCCUUUCAGAACAGAUCUAGAGAAUGAGCCUAGAGUCAACCUCACCUAAUACCCAUCUUUAAAAACAACAACAACAAAAAAAAUCUCCACGGUUGCCUGUCUCCAGUGUUCUAGAACUAUUUUAGUUUAUUGUUACAUCUCACAAAGAUCGGUGCUCACAGUUUCACAAGCUUGCCUUGCCAUGAGACACAAUUCACUUGAUUCACCUGACAUCCUGAACGAAUUUAAAGGGACUGCAAGUUCCCUUAAAUCUCCAUGUAUUUUGGAUUUCAAGGCUUUUUGAACAAGGUUCAACUGAUGCUUAGUUACCAGGUACUCCUGUUGUGAGAAAUGUGUGAGUGAUUAUAAGAAGGAGGCGCCUGUGCCUUCUCUCCAAUGUCUCCAAACAUUACUUUGUCUUCGCUGAGCACAGAGUGUGUUUCCUCUUUUUGAUGUGAUGUUGUUGAUAAUAUUUUUCUCCCAAACCGAUCUCAGUCUCAUGUUAAGUCAACCUGACACUGCUCUGUGCCACACUUCAUUUUCUGCUUCGCCUUACGGCUUUCAGCAUUUCUUAUCUCAAUUCUGGUUUUGCUGAUCAGAAAGCAACCUGCUCGCCGCCCUCUUCCCUCAUUUCUUGUCACAUCCAAUUACAUCCUCCAUAUCCCAUAGUAAAGCGCUUCCUCUGCUUUUGUGCUAGCCUUCCAUCUGUUUUUUUUCUGACAAGUGGGGAGACUCUGGCACUGUGCUGUAUUUUUUAAAAUAGCCUUUCACAACUACUGCCCUGAAGAACAGCAAGCACCCUUCAUCUUCAGAGACCCUGUUCCCAACACCUGCCAUUGUCAUAUUAUAGCCUUAUGGUUAGCUUGGCAGUCUUGCCUGACACUGGUUCCACUGACUCCUAUGACUGUCAAGAAGUCUUUAUCCCGAUGCCCCCUUUUAGCAGAGGUAGAACCUCCCAACCUUCGGUCACUAAAGGAUGCUUACUCAGCUGCGGCUUCCUGUGUUCCAACUUCUCCAAAAGGUGCUCUGUCCAUCCCUUGUACUGGGCCACGUGACCCGUGUUGUCCACCCCAUCCAGCAGGAGAUGUUGGCCCAACUGGUAGGAAGGGUUUCCGCAUGAGGGCUGCAGCAGAUGCUCAAAGAUGUUCUGGCAGAGCCUUGAGUCAAAGGGGAAGAGGGGCUCCCCAAGAAAGAAGUCUCAGCUUUUUGCUGAAAACUGAGAAAUUACCAGCAGAUUUCCAAAGCUGCAGGCAGCUAAGAAUCAGAGAAUCGAGUUAAAAGAGCAAGUGAGGAAAAGGGGCAGGAAAUCAGGAUGGCAGCUUUCAGGAGGCAGCGUGUGGAGCCUGCGGUACAGAACAGGCCCGAGUCUCUGCUCCAGGUCUCACCCAGGUGGUCUUAGUACCCCAAUAUUCUGUGACCUUCUUACAUUUCCACUCAAACAGGCGCUUGAUAAUCCUAGGGCCCCUGCUUCCUCUGUUAGUUAUUUUGUAGCAUCGCCACAUGUUUUACUGAGUUCCUCUCUCCAGAUAUGAAAGGUUCCUGCUAGACCUCAAAAGUUCUUUGCACCAAAACUGAAAAUUGUCUUCUGUAGGCUAAUAGUCUGUGCUCUGACAUCUAGAGUCUGACAGAACAGUGAGCUUCUUGAAUACUUUCUGUACACUAUGUACUAUCUAUAUUUAUACACUAUCCUAGGAUAAGGACCACAUGCUAAUUAUGAAAAAAGGGGGAGUGGUGGAACUUGAUGUUCAAAUUGCUAAAGUUACUGCCCAAGAUCUUAAACCUAGUGAGGGGAGGAGUCUGGAUUUGAACCUUGGUGACUGAUGUUGAAUCCAUGCCUUUACCACCUUGUCUGAAUUCGUUUACAAGUCUAUUUUUUUUUAAUUAUUUUUCUCUCAAAAAAUUACAAGACUCCAUUUACCAUUAUUGUUUUCCCUGGCAUUCUUAGUACCCACUUUGGCUUCACUCAUCUGAGUGAAAUUUAUACAUGUUUCGAGUCAUCUUUCUUCUGAUUUAGUUCCGUGCCCUUCUGUAAGCAGCAACAACUGCCUGCUGUGUGACAUGCAGGGCACCUGCGGGUCUCAGCCUUAGGAGAAUCAGUCCAUGAGGAUUUCCAGUGCAGAUUUGUUCUAAUAAAGGAGUCGGUGCAAAUCUUGUCAAAGUACAGAACAGAACAGAAAUGCCAUCAUGGUCUGCGCCUAUGAGCUUACUGAUAACAGUGAAAGCCAGUGGCCUAAGGAGACUCAGGAGUACUGACUGUACAGGGACAUCCUGAUGCGGUGUGGGCCUUCAGACCGGCCUUUCCCAGUCUUUGUGUGAGAUGAACACUCUGUGUCCGGGUAAUUUAUGCCGCUGCACUGGAUACAGACCCAUUGUGGAGAGCGUGAAAAGUUUCAGCCCCAGUUCAUCCUGCUGCUUGAUGUAUGGGAAAGAGAAAUGUUGCUUGGAUGAAGAAAAGAAUGAGCCAGAGGGCAAAACCAGUGCUUUCUCCAAGUUGUAUAAAAAAGAAGAAUUUCAGCCCUUAGACGCAACUCAGGAGUUUAUAUUUCCACCUGAACUAAAGAGGAUGGCAGAGGAUCCCCAAAACAGAACUCUGACUUUUCACGGGGAGAGGACUACCUGGAUUGCCCCGGGAACCCUAACAGACCUUCUGGAACUGAAAAUGAAGUACCCCGGCGCUCCGCUCGUGAUAGGCAACACCUCUCUUGGGAUUGAAAUGAAGUUCAAAGAAGUUUCUUAUCCAAUUAUUAUCUCUCCUGCAAGGAUCUUGGAGUUAUUCGCAGUGACAAAUACGAAGGAAGGGCUGAUACUGGGCGCCGGCCUCAGCCUGAGCCAGGUGAAGGACAUCUUGGCUGAUGUGGUCUCCAGGCUCCCCAAGGAGAGGACACAGAUGUACUGCGCUCUCCUGAAGCAUCUGAGGACCCUGGCUGGGCAGCAGAUCAGGAAUAUGGCUUCCUUAGGUGGUCAUAUCAUCAGCAGGCUGCCGACCUCUGACCUUAACCCUGUUUUGGGUGUAGGGAAGUGCAUCCUCAAUGUUGCUUCAACAGAAGGAAUACAGCAAAUUCCUCUGAAUGACCGUUUUCUUGCCGGACUACCAGACGCAAGCCUGAAGCCUGACCAAGUGCUCAUCUCAGUUUUCAUGCCCCUCUCCAGGAAGUGGGAGUUCUUAUCAGCCUUCAGGCAGGCCCCACGCCAGCAAAAUGCCUUUGCAGUCGUGAAUGCUGGGAUGAGAGUUGUUUUCAAAAACAACACAAGCACCAUUAAAGACUUGAGCAUCUUGUAUGGAGGAAUCGGGGCCACCGUAGUCAGUGCAAAUAAAUCCUGCCAGCAGCUGAUCGGGAGGCAUUGGGAUGAAGAGAUGUUGAAGGAAGCUUGCGGGAUGGUUCUAGAAGAAAUCUCCCUGCCGGCAUCAGCCCCCGGAGGAAUGGUGGACUACCGAAGAACACUUACCACAAGUUUCCUCUACAAAUUUUACUUAGAUGUGUUGAAGCAGUUAAAGAUGAGGGAACCCUGUGGAGACUGUGACAUCUCCAAGAACCUCUGCCACGACCUGGAAGACUUUCCUUUGACCAUGCCUCAUGGGGUGCAGUCAUUUAAGGAUGUAGACUCCCAGCAGCCUCUUCGAGACCCCGUCGGGCGUCCCAUCAUGCAUCAGUCUGGCAUCAAACACGCCACGGGGGAGGCAGUAUUUUGUGAUGAUAUGUCUCCCUUGGCAGAGGAGCUCUUCCUAGCUGUGGUAACCAGCACCAGGCCACAUGCUAGAAUCAUCUCCCUUGAUGCCUCCGAGGCCUUGGCAUCACCUGGGGUGUUUGAUGUGAUAACGGCUCAAGAUGUUCCUGGUGACAAUGGCAGAGAAGAAGAGUGCCUGUAUGCACAGGAUGAGGUGAUCUGUGUGGGUCAGAUCAUCUGUGCGGUGGCUGCUGACUCUUACGCUCAUGCCAAGCAGGCCUCCAAAAAAGUGCAGAUUGUCUAUGAAGAUUUGGAGCCCACGAUUGUGACCGUUCAGGACGCGCUGCAACAUGAAUCAUUUAUUGGACCUGAGAAAAAGCUAGAACAAGGGGAUGUCCAAUUGGCAUUUAACUGUGUUGAUCAGAUCCUCGAAGGGGAAGUACACUUUGGAGGCCAGGAACAUUUUUACAUGGAGACUCAAAGCGUACGCGUGGUACCCAAGGGAGAAGAUGAACAGAUAGACAUCUAUGUGUCAAGCCAGGAUGCAGCAUUCACACAAGAAAUGGUGGCUCGCACCUUGGGCAUUCCAAAGAAUAGGAUCAACUGCCAUGUGAAAAGGGUUGGUGGAGCCUUCGGAGGGAAAGCAAGCAAGCCUGGGCUCCUGGCAUCCGUGGCAGCUGUGGCUGCACAGAAGACUGGCUGCUCAAUCCGUUUUAUUCUAGAGCGUGGGGAUGACAUGCUGAUAACCGGAGGACGCCACCCACUACUAGGGAAAUACAAGAUUGGCUUUAUGAACGAUGGGAAAGUCAAGGCAGCAGACAUCCAAUUUUACAUCAAUGGAGGCUGCACACCAGAUGAUUCUGAACUGGUGAUAGAAUAUGCUUUGCUCAAACUGGAAAAUGCUUACAAGAUCCCCAACCUUUGUGUCCGAGGUCGUGUCUGUAGGACCAACUUGCCAUCCAAUACAGCCUUCCGGGGAUUUGGCUUUCCUCAGGGGGCAUUUGUAACAGAAACCUGGGUGUCAGCCGUGGCAGCCAAAUGUCAGUUGCCACCAGAGAAGGUUCGAGAGUUAAACAUGUACAAAGACAUUGAUAGGACAAUUCACAAGCAAGAAUUUGACCCAAAGAAUCUGAUAAAGUGCUGGGAGACGUGUAUGGAAAAUUCCUCCUACUACAAAAGGAAGAAGUCUGUGGAUGAAUUUAACCAGCAGAGCUUUUGGAAGAAGAGAGGGCUUGCCAUCAUCCCCAUGAAAUUCUCGGUUGGGUUUCCAAAGACAUUUUAUUAUCAGGCUGCUGCUUUGGUCCAAAUCUACACAGAUGGCUCUGUGCUGGUUGCUCACGGAGGUGCUGAACUGGGACAAGGUAUUAACACCAAAAUGAUACAGGUGGCCAGCCGUGAAUUAGAGAUACCGAUGUCUUACAUACACCUGGAUGAAAUGAACACCAUGACAGUCCCCAACACAAUUGCCACUGCAGGCUCCACUGGGGCUGAUGUCAACGGGAAAGCCAUUCAGAACGCCUGCCAGAUCCUCAUGAAGCGCCUAGAACCCAUCAUCAGCCAGAACCCUAAUGGUACCUGGGAAGAGUGGGUUAACGAAGCUUUUAUUCAAAGCAUUAGCCUCUCUGCUACUGGAUAUUUUAGGGGCUACAGAGCUGGCAUGGACUGGGAGAAGGGAGAAGGUGACAUUUAUCCCUAUUUUGUUUUUGGAGCUGCCUGCUCUGAGGUUGAAAUUGAUUGUCUGACAGGUGCUCACAAGAACAUUAGAACCGACAUUGUUAUGGAUGGAUCUUUCAGUAUAAACCCUGCCGUGGACAUAGGCCAGAUCGAAGGGGCAUUCGUUCAAGGUGUUGGACUUUAUACUCUAGAGGAACUGAAAUAUUCACCUGAAGGAGUCCUAUACACCCGUGGUCCAAACCAGUACAAAAUACCUUCAGUUACCGAUGUCCCAGAAGAAUUCCACGUGUCACUGCUGACGCCAACCCCAAACCCAAAAGCCAUCUACUCUUCUAAGGGCCUCGGCGAAGCUGGAAUGUUUCUGGGCUCUUCUGUGUUCUUUGCUAUUGCUGAUGCCGUGGCUGCAGCUCGCAAAGAGAGAGGCUUGCCCCCAAUUUGGUCGAUGAACAGCCCUGCCACAGCAGAAGUAAUCCGAAUGUCCUGUGAGGACCAGUUCACCAACAUGGUUCCAAAAAUGGAUUCUAAAUGCUCUAAGCCGUGGUCCAUCCCAGUUGCUUAAUGCUUGGGGUUCACACACAAACGCAUAUACAACAGGCGACUGGUAUAAACAUCUUUAUCUAAAACACACGGCAACUUUGGGACAAAUCUUAAAGUUUCAUCUCUGUAAAACAUCUUGUAAUCUUUAAUCAUGUGCACCAUAAGCAAUGGAGUUUGUGGAGCUAAGGUGAUCUUUCAUUCAAAUAUAAUAAACAGCAUUCUCUACUGUUUGAAGAGACACCAUGACCACAGCAACUCUUACAAAGGAAAACAUCUAAUUGGGGCUGGCUUACAGUUCGGAGGUUUACUCCAUUAUCACCAUGGCAGCAAACAUGGCGGCACGCAGGCAGACGUGGUGCUGGAGAAGGAGCUGAGAGUUCUCCAUCUUGAUCCACAGGCAGAAGAAGACUGUGUGCUGCACUGGGCCUAGCUUGAGCCUAUGAGAUCUCAAAGCCUGCUAGUGACAUACCUGGUCCAGCAAGGUCACACUUUCUAACAGUGCCACGCCCUCUGGGCCAAGCCUUCACAGACAUGAGUCCACAGGGAGCCAUACCUAGUCAAACCACCACAGACAUGAAGGUUCUUAUCCUACUUUCAUUUGAAUUUUCUCACUCCUUAAUCAGAAUUCCGAGGCAUUUAUGUACUUAGAUGUGCAAAGAAAAUAUUGGCCUUGUUAUUCAAUGUUUUAGCUUUAUUAUUUUCUAAGCAGUUUUUUUUUUCUUUGUCUUUGGGAACCUACAUAUUCCCAAUUUCUCUGUUGAUAUGAUUUUCCUUUUUCACUGCCUUUUGACAUAAAUGUUCGGUUUUCUUUUUGAAAUCAUUUGGGGUUUAAUGAAAAUAUUUAAAGCUAUUACAUUUCAGGGGCCAGAGAGAUGGUUCAAUGAUUAAGGACACUGGCUGCUCUUGCAGAGCACCCAGAUUCGGUUCUCAACACCAAAACGGUGGUUUACAACCACCUGUACCUGCACUUCCAGUAUAUCUAACAACCUCUUCUGGACCCUGAAAUGUCCAUGCGGGUACUGUACCCACAUGGCACAAAUAUAUACAAGGAGAUAAGACACUCACAUACAUAAAAUAACAAUAAACGAAUCGAAAAAUUAAUUUAUAAAAAUUAUUUAAUUCACUUAAGAUAUGGCAAUAGUUGAAUCUUACAGAUUUCGGAAACAGGCUUUUUGUUGUCUUUUGUUUGGUUGGUUUGGUUUUAGAUAGAGGACCUUGUUGUAUAGUCCCAAACUAUCCUUGAAUCCAAAAUCGUUCUCCCUUAGCUUCCUGGCUGCUGGGAUUACAGGCAUGCACCAUCAAGCAUAACUGUGUGCUUUAUUUCUCUAUAAACUUUAUUUUCUGUUUUCAUUCCUUCUUUGAGCCUAAAUAUAUAGAAAUUUUAUUGAAAAACA